ACAUCGCCCCUUCCAAAUUGUUUUCCACGAUGUGUUCUCCCGCUAACUCCUGCUGAGUCCUAUUCUGUUUUAUUACGUGAGUGUUGAAUUGAUCUGUCUCUGCAGCCAGAUCCAGCCUCCUGGAGGAAUCAUGUCUCCUGCAGGUUUUGGGUGCCACCUGGUGUGCCAGGUACACACCGUUGCCCAAGAGGAGCUGCUUUUUGAAUUCUUCGUGAAUGUUGGGAGGAGGAAUGCCAGAGCUGCCAGCUGAAUAUUAUCCAACCAGGAGAAAUAUGUAGGCUGGGGACCCUGAAUCACUUUCCCCCAGGAUGGACUUUCUGGUUCUCUUCUUGUGCUACCUGGCUUUGGUGCUGAUUGGUGUUGUUAUGAUCUGCAUCUGCUCAAAAACCCAUCACUUGAAAGGCCUGGUCAGGAGAGGAGAACAGAUAUUUUCCUGUAUAAUCCCAGAAUGCCUUCAGAGAGCCAUGCAAAGAUUGCUUCAUUACCUCUUCCAUUCGCGAAACCAAACUUUCAUUAUCCUGCACCUGGUCUUGCAAGGGAUGGUUUACGCUGAAUAUACCUGGGAAAUAAUUGUCUACUGUCAAGAGCUGGAGUUCUCCUUGGAUUACCUUCUUCUGCCCUACCUGCUGUUGAUUGUGAACCUGUUUUUUUUCACCCUAACUUGUGCAACCAAUCCUG